CCACCCGUUCUUCAGCCCAAAACAAUGGCCCAUUCAUUUUGAACGACACGAGAGCGCUGAAGCUACUUCUGUCGUUUUAACUUUCAACGGUGUCUGUCGGCUCCAAGAAAACACAGUUACAUUCCAACCUCGUGGAUCCCAUUACCAUUCCAAUCAUCAAACUCGUAUAAUUCUGAUUGUUCCUUUCAAUUUCUCUACGGACUCCUUGGAAAAUACCUAAAUUCAACUUCUACAAUUCUGGGACUUGGGUUGAUUUCAUGGAAAAUUCAAUAUAUAAAAUCAACACAGAAGGAGAUGGAGACGGAGAUGGAAGGAAGGCCACCCCUUACCCUUCUUCAUCUUCAUUUUGUCCUUCCCCUUCUCCAACCUUAGGCCAACAAACCUCAGUUUACCAUUCUGUUGCUGCUGAUGUUCUAUUGUGGAAGAAACGACAUGUUUCUUUUGGUGUCAUUGUUGUUGCCACUGUUGCUUGGGUCCUCUUUGAACGAUCCGGACUAUCAUUCUUGUCAAUUUGUUCAGAUGUUUUGCUCAUUUUGAUCGUACUGUUAUUUCUACGUGCCAAUUAUGCUGCUCUUAGAAACAAACAACUGUACAGUUUACCAGAGCUAGUCUUGUCAGAGGAAAUGGUCAACAAUGCUGCAGCUUCAUUUCGUGUUAAAAUCAACAAUAUGUUGCUGAUGGCUCAUGAUAUUACUCUUGGCAAAGAUUUUAGACUUUUCUUCAAGGCGAUGGUGUAUUUGUGGCUCUUGUCUGUCAUAGGCGGCUUCUUCUCCUUCUUCACAAUUGCAUAUAUUGGAACCAUCUUAUUGAUUACGGUUCCAGCGUUAUACAGCAAAAAUGAUGAACGUGUUGAUAGGUAUUGUGGAAUUAUUCAAAGACAGUUAUCUAAGCACUAUAAGAUAGUCGAUGAGAAUGUCUUUAGCAGACUCCCUAGAAACUCGUCCAAGGACAAAGCUUUGUAAUUCUUGUACACAAUCAUCAUGCUUGGUUGGUUGCUUCAUAUUUGACCUGUUUUACUCUCAUAUAGUAGGAGGUAGAGGCAUACACUGCAAUUUUGUUAAAUUUUUAGAUUAAAAAGAAAAAGUACAAAGAAAACUUGAGACCACUUGAGAAAGAAAAAAAAAUUAAUCCAUGACUCAGUGUAACUACUAACUCGAGACAAUUUCAAAGGUGCAACUUGAGAGACAAUUUAUCUUCUUUUCUUUUACCAACUGUAGUUAUACAACUAUGCAAUUUUGAGUA